AACAUUUAGUGAGCUAACACUGAGCAGGUGAACUCAAACCACAGGAUGGUCGCCGUUGGAAACGCUCGGUGUCAUUACUGAAAGCUGCAGUUUGAUUGGGUGUUUCCCCCUCAUCAGCCACAAGGAGCAGCAGCGACGCUUCAAACCUGUCACACAGUUUAUCUAAAGUUCUUGAUAAAGCGGCGUACUUUGGUUUUACAGCACAGACGAGAGUGAUGAGGACCAAAGGGCUUCACAUCAAGUCCAGCCUUCACCUGGGGUCCAGGCUGAUGUAAUACCUGGGUUACCUUUUAACGUUGGUGUGGCGGUGCUGACAGGAGAAUUAACACACGUUUUGGUGGUGGAGGAAACCCAUGUGAACACACCUGCUCAGCCAGGAAUCAGCCGGAGAGCCUUUGUCCGAUACCCUGUUCCCGUACUCGUACUCAUGAAAGUGUCCCGAUACCAGCUGACGGCAGCGUGGCGUUCAGUUGGUCAGGUGCUAACUGAGCGCGAGGAGGAGCAAUGUCGGCGCUGUGGAGGCAUUUCAAAGUGGAUGACGGUGACAAAAGUAAAGCGGACUGCAAAUUACGCUCUGCGAAGACAAACACAAGCAAUCUGAAAAAACAUGUUUAAAACCAACACGACGCCGAGUUCGAAGAGCUCGCUAAUAGACGCAAACUCUGGAGAAGAGCGAGAAGAUGUCAAGAGACAACCCGCACGCAGUACUCGGUACUGGCGAGUACUCAAACGUAAGUACUUGUACUUGGUAUCGGAGCAUCCCUACUGCGAACGCUCCCAGUUUGGUCUUAAGAGGUUUUCAAACUGCGAGACAGGAAACAGAGGUGAGUGCACAGGACAGGUGCCCAACAGGAAGUUGCUCACUGCUGAUUGGCUGCUGAUGAACGGAUUUUUAAAUGUGAGUCGCAUUUUUUAACAUCUCAUCAUCUCUGGCGUCCAUCGUGAGGAACAGGAAUAAAAACCUGAGAAACAUCACGAGUCACCAUGUAUUUGUGUCCGAAGGCGGCUGGAGGCCUCCGACAUCCUCAUGAACCGGACGAGGAGGCUGGCGGCGAGCGGACGAGGAGCAGAUAUCAGCAGGCCAACAGCUGAACUUAUCGGACUUCCUGCUGCAGCAGCUGUCCAUCAAACCUCACGCAGCCCAAACUUCCUCGUCACUUUCUCCUCUCGCAUUCAGUCAGUCAGUCCUCCCGGAGCCGACGGUCAGAAUGCAGCUCUUCAUCCUCAUCUUCCUCCUCUCCCACGUUGCCAUGGUCACAGCGGUGGCCGGUUGCCAAAGUGACAGGGACAAAGACCACCGACCGAGGCAGAACUGCACAGCAGGCGGCUUCAGCGACGUCCCGGCAGGACUCGAACCCUCGAACAAGGUGCUGUUGUUUCCCAACAACCUGUUCUCCAGUCUGUCCUGGUCCUCCUUCCAGAUCUUUACUGACAUCUAUGAGAUCGACCUCACAGGAAACAAGGUUCCAGAAGUGACCCCCAGCGCGUCUCCAGUCCUGCCCAGCCUCAGCGUUCUCCGGCUGUGCUCGAACCGGCUCACGUCCCUCUCCGACGGCGCCUUCUCCGCCUGUCCAGCUCUGACUGAACUCUACCUGGACAACAACGCCAUCCGGUCCCUGAGCGACCACACCUUUUCUGGACUCAGCAAGCUGGAGAUCCUGGAUUUGUCAUCCAAUCAUAUCAAGGUGCUACCCGGGCUCAUGCUCCACCCCCUCACUGCCAUAGAGACCCUCUUCCUGGAGAACAACAAGAUCAACGUGAUGCCUGACAACUGGUUCAGCCAGAAGGAAGAAGUUCCAUACCUGUACCUUUCAGCCAAUCCUUGGGCUUGCUCCUGUUCCCUUGGUUACUUGCGUACCUACCUUGACAACUACGAAUUCAACGUGUACGUCAGGGACGGUCCGAUCAUCAACAGCAACGCAGAGAGCGUGGUGUGUGACUCUCCACGGAGGCUGAAGGGUAAACCUGUACUGACUCUGGAAGAAUCUGAUCUGUGUUCGUCUGCCACAGAACCUGGUCCACCUGGAGACUUCUACCAGCCAGUCAUCACCAACAGUCCUCAGAAGAUGGCUACUUCUGCUACAGCAGUCCCAACUCCUCCCACCACUAUGACUCCUCCUCCUCCUCCACCCACCACAACGAGUCCUCCUCCACCUCCACCUCCUCUUCCCACCACCACCACCAGUCCUCCUCCUCCUCCUACCACUGCUCCUGCUCUGGCUGCUACACCAGCACUCGUGGACCUCCACACUGAGCACCACAGAGUCGUCACAUGGUCCUGGCACCAGUCCUUCACCAGGCUCGUUGAGUGGUCGGUGGUGACUAAGUCGAACACGCUGUCAACUCAUCGCACUCCUCCGACUGCCAGACCCUCAACUGAAAGUCCUGCCGAUAUGACGACCGCUACGUCAACACCACCUGCCAAGACAACCAAACCAACCCCAACAUCAACAACAGCCAAACUCCAGAUGCUCCCAACACCCACCACGACCCCUCCGUUGGUGAUGGAUGAGGCAGGCAGUCGGCAGCUUGGUAAAGUCAGCUCCAUCGGAGGAGCGGCGGUGUUCUGUUUUUGGCUGUUCGCCGGGUGCUUCCUGCUGUGCGUGGCGUCGGCGGCGUGCAUACUGACGACUGUGGCGAGGCUGGUCAGCUGGUACAGGAGGGUCUACAGGCCGCUGAGCGAGACGCUGGAGAGGAGGAGGAGGCGAGGAGGAUAUGAGGCAGUGAGGCUGUUAGGGAAGGAGGUGGGAGGAGGAGAAGGAGGAGCAGUGAAUGCACUGUAUCGUUCAGUUCUGUUCAUCCACCAAGAAAGACCAGAAGCUGUGCAGGGGGAAGAUGGAGGGAAGGAAGGGGAGGGAGGAGAAGGAGGGGAGGAAAGACUUGUUGUCCCCCUGGAGCCGCCAGGAGGAGGAGGAGGAGGAGGAGGAGUGACGAGAGAGGAAGGAGGACAAAGAAAAGGCAUGGAGGAGAGAGGAGUGUACAGGAAGACGAUGUACCGUCUGCUGAGCAAAGAGGAGGAGAUAGAGGGGUGGAGGGACGUGAUGGAGGAGUGCAGGGUCUCUGCAGCAGACGGAGGGAGGAGAGGCGCAGUGAAAGAUGAAGAGGUGCUUUCCACAAAGCGCUACAGUGUAAUUCUGAGGGAGGAGAGAGGGGCAGUGGAGUCUGGCUCACAGCCAGGUGAAGUCCUGAAACGGAGCCUCACCAGACCCGUCAGCCUGCCGAAGAGUCUGAGACCACCGGGAUCGGGUCUGAAACCCUGGAUCCAUUUCCCCGUCAUUUGGGUGUGGACCAAAAGGAUCAACAGCACACCUGAAUCCUCGUUACGUUACGCCUCUGAGAGCCCAAAUCGUCCCGUGAACCACCUGACAGUCAGCUCGUCCAGGUGUCCUUCUUUAAGUCUCUCUGAGAACCUGACUCCACAGGACCUCAUGUGA